AUGUCACUUUUCCAAACCGUUGAGACCCCUGCGCUCACAUAUGAGCAACCUUUGGGACUAUUUAUCAACAAUGAAUUUGUCAAAGGCGUCGAAGGCAAAACCUUCGAGACGAUCAAUCCUCACAACGAGAAGCCUAUUGUCGCCGUGCACGAAGGUGCAGAAGAGGACGUCAAUAUUGCUGUGAAAGCUGCUCGCGCUGCACUGAACGGAGAUUGGAAACGAGUCACUCCGUCCGAACGUGGUCGUCUCCUUACUCGUCUAGCAGACUUUCUCGAACGGGACAUCGAAACGUUGGCCGUUAUUGAAGCCCUUGACAAUGGUAAGGGAGUGACAAUGGCUAAAGGCGACGUUGCUGCCUCUGCAGGGUGCAUACGCUACUAUGGUGGCUGGGCAGACAAGAUUUAUGGUCAAACGAUUGACACUGAUAUUAAUAGCUUGACCUAUACACGCCAUGAACCGGUGGGCGUCUGUGGCCAAAUUAUUCCGUGGAACUUCCCACUCUUGAUGUUUGCUUGGAAGAUUGGCCCUGCUCUCGCUACGGGAAAUACAAUCGUUAUGAAAACGGCUGAACAAACCCCUCUUUCGGCGCUGUAUGUGGCUAAGCUCAUCAAAGAAGCGGGAUUCCCUCCUGGAGUGGUCAAUGUUAUUUCAGGAUUCGGAAGAACUGCUGGUGCAGCGAUCGCCGCUCAUAUGGAUAUUGACAAGGUCGCUUUCACUGGGUCGACUCUGGUCGGACGUCAGAUCAUGAAAUCAGCAGCCGAUAGCAACUUGAAGAAAGUGACUCUCGAACUGGGUGGCAAAUCGCCGAACAUCAUUCUCCCAGACGCAAACCUAGAGGAAGCAAUUCAAUGGGUCAAUCUCGGCAUUUUCUUUAAUCAUGGGCAGUGCUGUUGUGCAGGAUCUCGCAUUCUUGUUCACGAAGCUAUCUAUGACAAGUUCCUAGAGCUUUUCAAGAAGCGGGCAGAGCAAAACAAGGUCGGAGAUCCGUUCAACACCGAGACCUUCCAGGGACCCCAGGUAUCGCAGAUCCAAUAUGACCGGAUUAUGAGCUAUAUCAAAGAUGGAAAGAGUGCAGGCGCCAGGGUGGUCACGGGUGGCGAUCGGCAUGGCAGCGAAGGAUACUAUAUCCAACCUACGAUUUUUGCUGAUGUCACCGACAACAUGACAAUUGUGAAAGAAGAGAUCUUUGGCCCGGUGUGCACGGUGCAGAAGGUCCAUAGUGAGGAGGAGGCUAUUCAAGUGGCCAAUGACACGAACUACGGCUUGGCCGCAGCUGUCCACACCACGAACAUCAACACUGCCAUCAGAGUGUCUAACGCCAUCAAAGCUGGCACUGUGUGGGUUAACAACUACAACACCCUUCACUACCAGAUGCCCUUUGGUGGUUUCAAGGAAUCGGGAAUAGGUCGGGAGCUUGGAUCAUACGCCCUGGAGAACUACACUGAGGUGAAGACAGUCCGCGUGCAUCUUUCUCAGUCAUAA